AUGGAAGAGAAGCCCAAUCAGGGGUUAAGCACGCCCCCUGUGGAUGGCCCCCUUGCAGGGGACAGGGAGGAGGCAGGAGAGGCUGCUGAACAACGGGCAGGUAGGCGACCGGAUGAGGGAGGUGGGGUCCCCCCAGGAAGUAACCAACGUCAUGUAACCGGUACGGAGGAAAGCGUAGAUGAUGUACUCAAAAUUGUGGAGGAGCAAAUAGGUAAAGAUAUGGCUCUCGUGGAUGAUGCAUCGAGGGCCAUUAGGAUGUUAAGUGCGGCGCGUCAGAUGAAGCAGUUGACCAAGUCAGAGCAGUUGGCGCAAUCAGAGAAGGGAGUCGAGGCGGGGGGAAAGACCCUCACCGCUGGGCAGAAGGACGUCCGCGAUGGGGGCAAUGAGAAUUGCACCGCAGAAGCACAGGGUGGUAGUGGCGAGAGCCACAAACCGGCUACAAGAAAUAAGGUUGAAGUAACACAUCAGGGGGGAGCAAACAAUACAGGGAAGGAUCCCCUGUGCAAGGACGCCAUGUUCAAUCGUGACAACUGCGAAGAGGGCGAUAGCACCUGUGACGUGGAUACUUGGUCCAACGUGAGCUACCUAUCUGUGGAUGAGGACAGCCUCUACAACGAAGCGGCCGAGGUGUACGCAGUUGCGCCCAAGCAGGAACAAGCAAAGUGUAAGAGGGAGGAAAUGAGGAGGCAGAUGUUGAAGAGCGACGAGGAGGCGGAACGUCAGGCACAGCAGGCGCGGCAGCCACCUCCAACGCAAGAGUUACCAGGGCAGCCUCCUCCGGUGGUGGAGUCCCCAUCCCUAACCCCAAAGACUGAAGCAACACAACCCGAAUUGUCCAAGCAGCUGUCCCUAAAUGCAAUAGAUAAAUCUUUUAUACAAAUCCCGUUGAAAUGCAUCCUGAACACUUUUCGAAAUAUUCAAAAGGAGUUGGAGAAAAAUUUCACCAUCAUCACGCUGUUCAUUGAAAAGAAGCUAGUCAAUUUAACGGACGAGGUUUACCUGAACAAGCUAAAUACGAUAAUUGAGAAAAUGGAAUCAUUACGGAGCAAAGUACUAGAAUCCAAGAUGCUUCUAGACAAAUAUGUGAACCGUUUGGCUAGUCGACUCAAGUACAUUUAUUUUGAGGGAGAUAUUCAGUUGGAAAAUUUGAAGCAUGAUUUUCGCUUCGAAAUGUAUGAGAAUAGAAUUAAUUGGCUAGUUGACGGGUUCUUAUCUAGAUACGGGUUCUUUGAUACUGUACAAGUAUUUUCAAAAAGAUACAAAUUGGAAAAUUACUCAGAUGCAGAUGUAUACAAAGAAUAUCUAGACAUAAUAAAUGAGCUGAAAAAUCACAACAUCAAGCCAGCACUAGAGUGGUGUCAAAAAUACAAGUCGCAAUUAAAAAAAAUCGAUUCUAAUAUAGAAGCAGAGCUGCAUCUACAAUUUGUCAUUAGUGUAAUUUCUGAAAAUAAAUUUUAUGAAGCAAUUGAAUAUAUAAAAAAAUCAGUUUCGAAACCAGAUGAGCAGAUCUCCACAGAUGUGAAAUUCCUUGUCACGUAUAUUGGCUUGUAUGGUUCUCACGACAAAAGACAUUCCACAGAUGCGUUAAAAAUAUUCAAUCGGAAGAGAUGGAGUAAAGUUAUAAAAUCUUUUCAACAGGUUUAUGCAGAAAUAACAGGUGUCCUGAAUAAGCCUCUCCUGGAGCUUCUACUGAAGGCUGGCAUUUCGGUGGUCAAAACGGACCAGUGUGGGGGCAAACACAAGUCCACAAAAUGCCCUACGUGCAUUAAUGAGCUUAGGAACACCAUUAAGCAGGUACCAAAUAUACAGAGGACAAAAAGUUUCCUCGUUUGUCCCUACACUAGUGAAGUCAUGGAUGAGAAGAACCCCCCCUUCACCACCCCCGCGGGCCACGUCUUCUCGGAAAAAGCCAUCUCCCUGUUCGUUAAGGCGGAAGACCUCUUCGAGUGCCCCGUCACUGGGGAGAAGUAUCGCAUGCACGACCUGUCGCGCUUGUUCAUUUGA